ACACUGAAUUCUGGCGAAAUCCACAAGGGCAACGCCAUUAAUUUAAAAGAAGAAGAAGAGGAAUACAAUUUUGUUUCGAAAAAAUCUUAGAAAUUCAACACGAUUAAUAAUUAACAAACAAAACAAUUCGUUUAGGCAUUUUAAAACGCCGUACUGUCUUAAGAAAUGGAUUUACAAACUUCACACCUGGCUGCUGCCUUAAUGUUGGGAGCUAAUACCAAUUCCUCAUCCGACGCACCAGUUUUAACUGCAAAACCGUCAAGUAAAGAUAUUGCUAUUGAUAAACCCAAUGAAUCGCAGAAAGAGUCUACUGAAGACGAUAAAGAAGAUAUUAGUGGCAAUGAAGAAUUCUCAGAUGAGGAGUCUGAAGCUCAGCCUGGCAGCAAGUCUAUGCCAGGUAGAGGUGUCACAUUACAAAUGUUAUUGGAGGAUAAGAUGUUGGAACCAGGAAUAGGAGCUAUGACUAUUGAAUAUUUGGGCCAAAAGUUUGUUGGAGACUUGCAACCAGAUGGCAAAAUAAAAUCUCAUGAGACAGAAACAAUAUUUUGUUCUCCAUCUGCAUGGGCUAUACAUUGCAAAAGAAUUAUUAAUCCUGACAAAAGGUCAGGCUGUGGCUGGGCUUCUGUCAAAUAUAGAGGAAAGAAGUUGGAUACAAUAAAGGCAACAUAUCUAAGAAAGAAACAAAUACAAAGAGAGAAUAUGCAUACUGAUGAAGAGGCUGAAAUGGAAGUGGAAUGCCCUCCAGAACCUCCUCCACAAAGGAUUGUGAUGAAACAUAACACUGUUCCUAAUAGGAUGAUGCAACAUGAUGCUAAUAUGCUAAUAGAAGCCGUUUCAUUUUCUUCAGUAAGUAAAGUGCAACCAUUUUUAGUAACAGUAACAUCAAAUGCUUGCCUCAUACUUGAUAUACACUGUCAUUUGAAGAAAGAAGAGGUUUAUGGAUAUUUGGCUGGAACUUGGGACUUAAAUAGUCAUAAUCUCCUUAUAACACAUGCUUUUCCCUGCCUUGUGAGUAAAAGUGAUCCAAGACCAAGGGUGUUAGUUGAACUUGAAAUUCAAAUGGAGAUAGAAAAACUAGGGCUAACUCUUCUGGGGUGGUAUCAUUCUCAUCCUACAAAUCCUGCAAUGCCUAGUCUUAGAGACUGCGAUAAUCAGUUGGAGUAUCAAAUAAAGAUGAGAGGUCCUUCAGAAAUAUCUUACAUUCCUUGUAUUGGUGUUAUUUGCUCUCCCUAUAAUCCCGAGAGUCCUGUUUUGGAAUCAUCUCUUACCUUCUUCUGGGUAAUGCCUCCUCCAGAACAAAGACCUACAGAAUAUCCGCGACCGUUACUUUUACAGUAUAAUAUGAUAAGCGACAGUCACUUAUCAACUCAUGCUAUGGAACAGAUAAAAAGGAGUAUCAAAUACUACUUUAACUUCUCCGACGACACGUUUGUAAAUUUCAAAGAUAACUAUAAACCUGACAUAACUUAUUUGGAUAAACUAAAGUGCACAUUGAGUUCAAAAUUUCCAAGAGAACAAAGUGAUGGUCUACUUUGGCAUUUUAUUCGCGAUGAGUUAGGUUGUUCUUCUGAGCAAGAUGACAAAAUGGAUCUGGACGCACUUUUAGCUGUUCCUCAGCCAAUACCAGUAUCUAAGUCAAGUCAGUCAACAUCUAUACCGAACUUCCCUUCUGUAAGUACGCUACAACAGAUGGUAAGUCGACCUGCUGGAGUCCCGCCUAUAAAUGUUUCCUCUGGCAUUGGAUCAAGUUCGCCACAUAAAUUUGAAACGCCUCCUUUAAACAUACCGGUUUUGCCGUCUUCAACAAAAUCAUCCAAAUCAUCGUCUUCGUCUUUGUCCUCAUCAUAUCCAUCUGGUUUAGAUAUGUUGACAAGCAUGGCUCUAGGAUUGGGUUCUACCAAUAUGCCUUUGCCUUUGGGAGCUUCUUCUUUAGAAAGUUUAGCUGCAGCCAAUAGUAUGUUAACAGGUCUCUCUCCCUCUAUGUCAUCUAGUCUGGCGGCAAGUUUGACUGGUACUAAACUUCCUGAUCCACCAUCAUAUGCAGCAUCUUUACAGAAUCUUACCAGUAGCAUUGGUUAUGACAAGCCAGUAACCAGUACAUCUACAAGCACAAGCAGCGGUGCUCCCAUUCCUGCUAGUAUUGCGUCGAACCUUAUGAUGAGCUCUGCUGAUAUUGCAAAUGCACUUUUUUCCGCUAGCAAAUAUUCAAGUGCUGGCAUUUUAGGUAUUCCAGACCCCAUGUCUAAAUCUACUCUGGCAGCUAACAACAUGUUUCUAUCCCCAUCACUCAUGAAAAUGCAGGAAUCUUUGAUAAAACCACUUUCAAGUAGUAGUAGUCCGAUAUCUUCUAAAGUAGGGUUGGAUCAAAGUGUACUAAUGAAAUCUCCCCAUGAUUUAUUAAAAUCUAGUAAAGACUAUUUACCACCGGAUUUCGGAAGUAUCAGCAAAGGUAAAUCGGAAAGUUCUACAAUAGAAGCGAUGAAGCUUCCGGAAUCUAGUUUAUCAAAAACUGAGUCAUCAAAAUCUGAUACAACAGACAUGCAAGCUACAGAUUUCAGUAUUCCAGCUCGAGUAGGUGCAGACUCUUUUCUGAAUCAAAUGUUAGAAUUGACAAAAAAAACUACUAUGCCUGAUUAUAUGUCGGAUUAUAAUCAACCUUUAAAAAUUUCUAAAUCUGAAGAGUUGCCAUCAUCAAUGCCUCAUUCUAGUCAUUUGUAUCAAAAUACACCCAGCAUUGUAGACACUAUUGCGCAAGUGGCGAUGGGAAACUACUCCAAACACGAGGAACCCUUAGAUUAUGCUAAAGAACAAGACUACAGUAUGAAUAAAACGACAAAUGCGGAACAUGAAAACUAAAUAUUUUUAUACCUUAUUUACCAAUAUAAUUAUGUACAUUAUAAGUAUUUAUUAGUUAAGUAUAACAACAGGUUACUAUUGACUUCGAUAAUGUUUUGACUCCAACCAAGUUGCGCUACUUACAUAGUUAAUGUGUUUUUUAUAUAUGUUGAAUUUAGAAUAAAUAUGUAUGUAUAUAUUAAGGAUGGCAAUUUCCAGCAAUAUUUAAGGGCGGGUAAGCGAGUAAGUCAU